AUGGGGGUCGCCAACUUCGACGGGAGGCCGGCCAUGCCGAUUUUUAAAAACAACAUCAGGUCGGGUGCAUUCCACCAAGACCUCAUCAGGUACCCCCCAAGGAGCUAUACCGACCUGAUGAACAGGGCAGCCAGGUAUGCUGACGCUGAGGCUGGCGAGAAGAGGAAGAAGGAGCAGGAGGAAGGGAGAGGUCGGAAAGAUAAAGCACCUCAGGAGGAGCGCAAGGCGCCGCGGCCACACCGACGUGAAUAUGCCGAGGGGCCCGGGUUGAACCCCACACGCUAUCUCACCCCGUUGACACAACCUGUGGGUACCAUCUUGGUGCACGCGGAGGACCAGGGGAUCGUGGUAUUCCCAAAGGAGGAAUGCAUGAAGAUAUCGUCGAGGGGGGACCCCAACAAGUAUUGCAGGUUCCACCGUCAGAAGGGACACGAUACAGACGAAUGCAUCCUCCUAAAGAGACAAAUCGAGGAGCUCAUCCAAAUGGGUUACCUCGGCCAGUUCAUUAAGAAACCCGGCCAGGCGCAAGGCCAGAAGCAAGGCAAUGUAUGGAGGAAGGGGGGUGGCCAGGUGCCAUCCACCUCGGCACCUCGUAAGAGGGACCACGACCACAGCUCCGAGGAGGAGGAGGAGACGACGGAGGACUCCAAGCCCCCGAAGAAACGUGCCAUCUACGUCAUCUUUGGGGGGCCUGAGGGAGGGGACUCACCAGCCGAGCGGAAGAAAUGGGCAAGAAGCUUGUACAUGGGGGAGGUCACACGAGCGCCCCACGAGAAGAAAUCGAAGAGGGAGCCCAUCACGUUCACCGAUGCCGACCUUCCAGACGGGCCCCUCCCCCACCGAGACGCCCUGGUGGUCAAGAUGGACAUAAAAAACAUGGUGGUGCACCGAGUGCUCAUAGACACGGGUAGCUCGGUGAACGUCAUGUACUACGACACUUUCACCCAGUUGGGACUCUCAAGAGGGCGACUGGAGCAAGUACGGACCCCCCUGUCCGGGUUCACGGGGGACUCAAUUGAGACGGAGGGGUCGAUCAAUUUGGAGGUGGAGAUAGGCACCCCACCUCACACCCGGAGGUGGGAGGUCGAGUUCGUAAUCGUCAAAAUCAGCUGCGCCCACAACAUCAUACUCGGCCAACCCGCCCUUGAAGACCUCAGGUGCGUGAUUUUCAUGGAGCACCUGUGCCUCAAGUUUUCGACACCGACCGGGGUCGGGGUCGCCCGGGGGACCAAAAGGUGA